GGACUGUCUCUCUCUCUCCAUCCCGCAGCAGGUUUCUGUGGCCCGACUGGAUCAGCUGCACAGACCCCCUCUGGACUGAACCGAACCGAACGCAGCCGAACUGAGCCGGACCGGCAGGAGGAGGCCCGUCCCGAGCGCAGAGAGUUCAGCCGGGAGUCAGUGCGAUCAGCCGGGACUCUCUGCAGUGUGUGCCCGCCUGCAUGGAGCCUCCGGGCGGCCCCAGGCGGAGGAUCGUCCCGCUGCUGGUUCUGAUGCUCUGCUGCUGCUCCGCCACUCCGGGACACGCUGAGAGGGGUGAAUCAGGUUACCCUGGAUACGACGGACUUCCUGGAGUGAUUGGUUACCCUGGCGUCGAAGGCCACCAGGGCUCAUCUGGAGAAAAGGGUAACCAGGGACCAGCAGGAGGUCCAGGACUGAAAGGCUCUCGGGGUCAUCCAGGAAAACCAGGUUUCCCAGGACCUCCAGGAUUGCCGGGACUCCCCGGACACGAAGGACCCAUAGGCCAACUAGGACUCCCAGGAUGCAACGGGACAAAGGGGGAUGUUGGUCAACCAGGGUACCCCGGGCCUUCAGGACCUGCCGGCUUUCCAGGUGAACCAGGACUGCGAGGUGAAAUGGGAGACUCGUUCGUCUUUCCCGUCCCUCAGGAAAUUAUUGGAGUGACAGGACCACAAGGACUGGAUGGAGAAAAUGGGCUGACUGGAGAUCCAGGUGAACCAGGCCUGCCAGGACCAAUAGGAUCCUUCGGACUUCCUGGACGUCCAGGGUUGCCGGGGUUACCAGGAGAGAAGGGUCAAGAAGGUCCUAGUCCAGUGAUCCCGGGUCCCCGAGGUCAAAGGGGUGAUCGCGGUCCGCCAGGGAUUCCUGGACAGAAAGGAAUCAAACUGUACGCUACAGGACCCAAAGAACUGAAGGGAGAACCAGGUGAAGUCGGACAGAAAGGUUGUCGUGGAUAUCCUGGCGUGGCAGGGAAACUGGGGGUUAAAGGAGCGAAGGGCGAGCGAGGUGAUCUGGGCUCAGAAGGUAAACCCGGGAAGGAUGGACUCCCAGGAGAGCUGGGCCAACAGGGAAACCCGGGGGAUCGUGGGUUCCUCGGUCCUCCAGGUAUCGAUGGAGCAAAGGGGGAGAGAGGGGAUCGUGGUUUUCCAGGUCUUCCAGGAGAGACGGUCUGGAAUCAUAGAUUCCUGAAGGGCCAGCACGGUGUCCCCGGGUCCCCUGGAUCCCGCGGACUCCCCGGAGAACAAGGACUUAUUGGUUUUCCAGGACUGCCAGGCGAACCAGGUGUGGUUUACGCUGGUCCACCGGGCCCUCCGGGGCCGCCUGGCUCAACUGGAGCCAAAGGAAAUCCAGGAGACCCAGGACCUAUGAUCGUUGGUCCUCAAGGACUGGAUGGAGUCCCAGGAAGUCCUGGACCUGAAGGAGAACCAGGAGAACCGGGAAUACCAGGUUUUGUGCAGGGAGGCAUUGGUCCUCCAGGAAUUAAAGGUCCAAAAGGACAGACAGGAUUUCCUGGAACAAGAGGGGAGAACGGAAAGACAGGUGAAAAGGGGGACAUUUGCUUGGUCUGUGAAAUUGUUUUCAGCCCCUCCGGAGCUCCAGGUAAACCAGGAGAGCCAGGUGAAGACGGGGUGGCAGGUUCACCUGGUUUUCGAGGACCCAAAGGUUACAAAGGGGUCAAAGGGGUCGUAGGACCACCUGGUCCACAGGGACCCUUUGGUAUCCCUGGCCUCAUGGGGCCUCCAGGACUGAUUGGAGACCCUGGGAUCAUGCAGAGGCUGGGGCAGAAGGGUGAAGAUGGGGGACAAGGGGGGCCGGGACCACCAGGUUUUGAGGGGACGGAUGGGCGUCAAGGUGUUAGGGGACCGAAAGGUGUUCCUGGACAGAAAGGAAACCCUGGGCCUCUUGGAGAGAAAGGUGACCAGGGCCUGUUCGGUGAGACUGGUCCAAGAGGACCGUUAGGACAGAUGGGACCUUCAGGACCUCCUGGAAUCGGGGCUCCAGGACCUCCAGGACCUAAAGGCAACUUGGGAGUCCAGGGACAGAGAGGAGAUUCUGGAAAACCAGGGGAGAAAGGUUCUCCAGGAGAAAUCAAAACCUCUGUAGGAGAUCCAGGAGAUAAAGGGGCCAAAGGUUUAUCAGGAAACCCCGGACCUGAAGGUGUGGCAGGACCUCCGGGCGAUUCAGGGCAUGUUGGUCCAAAGGGAGAAAGAGGAGAUACAGGAUUUUCAGUUCAGGGCCCUCCAGGCUUCCCAGGGGUCAAAGGACUCAAGGGUGUUCCAGGAGCUCCAGGUUUGCCAAGUUUUGGUAUCAAAGGACGGGCAGGGCCAUCAGGGCCCCCAGGGAUGCCAGGGACCAAGGGGGACAGGGGUAUCGGUUUUCCUGGUCGACAGGGUCAAUCAGGCCCUCAGGGAGAAGAUGGCUCUGUGGGGCCCCAAGGAAACCCCGGACCCCAAGGACCAGAUGGAUCCCCAGGACCUUCAGGACAAGAAGGACCACCAGGAGCCAAAGGUGACAGUGGUCUGGAUGGAGUACGUGGUCCUCUUGGUUCUGUUGGAGUGUGUGAACCUGGAGCUACUGGACCUGCAGGAGCACCGGGACAGAUUGGCAUUAUUGGAUUCACAGGUCCACGGGGCCCAAAGGGUGUGCGGGGUGACCCUGGGCUGCAGGGUGUGGGAUCCAUGGGGACUCUGGGGCCAUAUGGAGCUCCAGGGUUUGAUGGACCUCCAGGACUAGUAGGAGAAGUUGGACUGAAGGGCCUGAGAGGGAACAAUGGGCAGCCUGGGAGUCCCGGUGAGACAGGUAAAGACGGAGUCAGGGGCUCACAGGGGCCACAGGGACCACAGGGGGACAGAGGAGAAACCGGACCACAAGGCAUCGAGACGAAUGUGAUGAUGCACGGGGAUCCUGGAGAAGCUGGAGAACCUGGGUCCACAGGUCUCACUGGUUCUAAAGGAGAGAGGGGCCCCCCAGGGCUUAAGGGCCUGGACGGCAACAACGGUAGCCCAGGAAAUCCUGGGCCACAAGGACUUCCUGGAGACCCCGGAAGAGACGGAGAAAAAGGUCCUCUUGGUCCCAGAGGACUCAACGGUGAUCCAGGAGAGAUGGGGAAGCCAGGUUGUAAAGGGGAGAAAGGUUCGCUAGGGCCUUGUGGGCCACCUGGUUCAGAUGGGACACCAGGAUCAGGAGGACCUAAAGGUCCUAAAGGAGAACCAAGUCCACCUGGACCAGGAUUCAAAGGACCUCCAGGAGAGAAGGGGAAUAAGGGAUGUUCUGGACCUCCAGGGGAAAAGGGGAAAUCAGGGGAUGAAGGAAACUUUGGUCCCCCAGGAGACUGUGGUCCGUGUGGCCCCAAUGGGAAUCCUGGACCCCCAGGAUGCAGAGGUCCUCCUGGGCCUCCUGGUGGAAAGGGUUGUGAUGGUCCUCCAGGAAAAAAUGGCCCUCCAGGACCCACCGGCCUUACAGGUAACAAGGGGGCUCCUGGAGAUCCUGGUCCAGCUGGUCCCAGAGGAAACCAGGGACAGGACGGGAUACCUGGACCUCCUGGAGAGAAAGGAGCCAUGGGAGCUCCUGGAGUCGGAUCUCAGGGCCCAGAGGGGAAUAAAGGUGCAGCAGGGCCUGCUGGGGAGAAGGGUCCUCCUGGUCCCUGUGGUCCUGCUGGACCUUUUGGUCCUGAAGGAAACCCAGGUUUUCCUGGUCCUCCUGGACCUCCUGGUCCUCCUGGUUGUCCCGGCACAGAGGGAGUCUGCAUUGGAGGAGAAAAGGGAGAAAAAGGAUUCUUUGGAGAAAAAGGACCCAAAGGUCAACCAGGCUUUCGGGGUCCUCCUGGUCCUCCAGGUCCUGGUUUUAAAGGAGAGAAGGGCUGUAAAGGAACAUCAGGUGACGCAGGACCAUCUGGUUGCCCUGGUGACCCAGGUCCACCAGGCCUGCCGGGUAAAAACGGACCAGGAGGCCCAUGUGGACCCAAAGGCCAGAUGGGAGAGAUUGGUGUCAAGGGACCCGUCGGUUUGAAGGGGGAGACUGGACCACCAGGUAACGAGGGUCCACGAGGACUUCAAGGACCACCUGGGAUUAGAGGCCAGAGGGGGAAGGAUGUAAGCAUAGAGGUGGUUUUGGAGAAAGGAAACAUAGGCCCACCUGGAGCCCCAGGAUCCCCAGGACAAGUAGGAGCCCCAGGAUCCAGAGGUAGCCCUGGAGGUCGAGGUCCUAAGGGCAACAAAGGGAAGGAUGGUAAAAGAGGACUAGGUGGUCGUCCUGGAUUGAAAGGGGAACUGGGAGACGAAGGAUUACACGGACCAAAAGGUAUCGCAGGUCCACGAGGUCCGGUUGGUGCUAAAGGUAUUCGAGGUCCACGAGGAACUUGCAGUGACACACCGAAAGAGGAUGGCUUCCUGUUCACCAGACACAGCCAGGAACUCGCAGUCCCACAAUGCCCUGCGGGAUCCUCUGAGGUGUACAGCGGAUACUCGCUGCUGUUCAUCAACGGAAACAACCGAGCGCAUGGACAAGACCUUGGUACAUUAGGUAGUUGUUUGCCUCGUUUUACCACCAUGCCCUUUCUGUUCUGCAACACCGACAGCACCUGUCGCUACGCCUCACGCAACGACUACUCCUAUUGGCUGUCCACUGAUACAAUACUGCCGAGCAGCAUGCCGUUCAUCUCCGGGGAGUCGUUGAAGAAUUACAUCAGCCGGUGUACUAUAUGUGAGGCCAGAGCCAACGUCAUCGCCGUCCACAGUCAGACCAGUUCAGUUCCAGACUGUCCUCAGAACUGGGACCCUCUCUGGUCCGGAUACUCCUUCGUGAUGGAAACUGGGGUGGGGGCAGAGGGGUCGGGUCAGCCUCUGGCCUCUCCUGGAUCCUGUCUGGAAAGGUUCAGGAAGAUCCCCUUCAUUGAGUGUCACGGCAGAGGAACCUGCAACUAUUACACCGACUCCUACAGCUACUGGCUGGCUGCUCUGAACCCCGACGACAUGUUCAGUAAGCCGAAGCCUCAGACCGAUACCGGAGUGUUUCCCGGCAGUCUGAUCAGCCGCUGUCGAGUCUGUAUGAAGCAACUGUAAACACUGAAUACUGAUACUACUGAUAAUACUACUGAUAAUA